AUGUGGCAAAGAAGCACUCAUCGUGCUUUCUUGCUCAUUACUAGUGCUUUUCUUUUGCUCAAUCGACGUCUGCGGAGCAAGGAUCUUACUGCAUCACACUGCACUACGUCGCUAUUCGCAGCCAGACAGCUUCCUCUGUCUCUUGUGGCGUCCUGCUCCAAGCCCAAGCCCAAGCUCGCUACCAUCACUAUCUCGCUUCUUGGCGGUUGCGACCUUUUUUCUACUUCUUCCUCAUCAUCACCGACUUCACCCGUCAAAAUGGAACAGUGGCAGGUCGGCCCCGUGCCCGAGUAUGUCUACUCAAACUCCCCCCACCAACCGAAUGCCAUCCAUAGCAACCCCUACCAGACCACCGAUAUGGCCGGCAGGCGCAAUGAGCGCAUUGAAUUCCCCUACGCUGGGCAGCCGGGCAUGGCGCCGCAUCAACAGCAGCAUCCGGCUCCUGUUCAGCCCUCAAUGAAUGUGCCCCAGCCCCAGCAGCCACCGUCCGGCCCGGGUUCCCAGCAGCAGACUCCGACCCCUACACCCCAGCCCAGCCGCCAGCGCAACAAACGACCAGCGCCUGGCACUGUGCCUUCGCCUGCUACCCCGGCCGCAGUCCCUGCCGUCGCUGCGGGCCAGCCUCCAGUUCCAACGCCACCCAAUGCCCAGUCCGCCGCGCCCCCCGCCGCGCCAGCUCCCGCCGACGAUAGUGGUACCGCGCCUUCACAACCUCCCGCCAAGAAGAGCAGAACCAACACCCCUUGGACCCCUGGGGAGGAGCUACGACUAAAGCAAAUGCGCGACGCCGGAAAUAGCUGGGCGGAGAUUGCCAAGACUUUCCCGACGAGAACAGAAGGCUCCGUUAAGAAGCAUUGGUACAAGGAUAUGCAUUACGCCGAGUUUGCCGAGGAUGAAAGCCAGGCGCUUCUCAACGCAAUCAAGGAGUACGAAAACAACAAGUGGAAGGUCAUUGGUCAAAAGGUUGGCAAGCCCGCCAAGGCCUGCGAGCAAUAUGCCAAAGAACACUUUCCCGAUCUCUUUGCCAGUACCAAGCGAUGA